AUGGACUACUUCAAAUCCUUGGUGGGCGGGACGCCCUCGCAGGCCCCGGUGGUGGCAGACGACUCUGACUUUGCGGACUUUGCUGAUGCGCCGGCCCCUUCGCCGGUCUCGAUCCCUGUCUCUCCUGCCGAUGCGCAGGCCGCCGAACCGACUGCCACCCCCGGACAUCGUGGGACCUACACGAAAUGGUAUCGGGUCUGGGAGCGCACACAACCGUCCGACUUCAUGAUGGAGGCCGUGCUUGUGCCCAUCAUCCUCCUGGCGUUGCUGGUAUAUUUUUGGGGCACCCGGCAGAACAAGCGCAAGGCGAAGAAGUGGAUGGCGGUGCAUGCGCCGUUGCUGGAGCGGGAAUUCGCCUUGGUUGGAUAUAGUCAAAUCCCCAAGGUCACUCCGUACGGCGAGGUGCAGGGCGACAGCAGUCUGUUCGAGGCCAGCGCGAAACUCGCCGGUGACAACCUCCCGGACGACCUGCUCAAGGAAAAGGCGGCAUGGGAGUACGAGACAUAUGCGAGCGGACGACAGAACGUGGCGUUUGUGGAUUUCCGGAUCUACCUGAAGAGACGGAUGAAUCCGCUGUACCUGGCUGCGGAGGAGAUCACCGGCAUGUUCUUCGAGUCGGUCAAGCCUAAGCCUGAAAGGGUGGAGGCGGUUCUGUACCCUUUUGACGGUAAAGAAAAGGACUUUGUGCCACCGCCGGUGCCGGGAUCUGCGGAGGCAGGCAAGACAAAAUCGGUGGGCAACUCGGCCUAUGACCCGUUCGUGUUUGCCAUCGUCAACAAGCUCGCCAUGCGUCGACUACGGGAUGAGCGGUACGAUCUGUCGUUGACAUUCACCAAGGACAACGCCAAACUGCCUGAUUGGACGACGGUGAUGAGUGAGAGCGCCGAGGUCACCGAUACCCUGUUGACCAAGGAAUUGGUCGCGGCGGUCAACCAGGCCGGAGAUCUGUUCGAGUAUCUUAUCGUCAGUGACCAGGCGGCUGACAAGCCGACCACGUUGAACGAGACGACGCCGAAAAAGCGGCUGCACAUUUCGCUGAAACUGCCAUCGGACGGGAACUAUCUGCCGACCCUGCCGCUCUUCCAGGCGUUCCUGAGACUCCCAGACCUGUUGGUCAGCCAGGCGCGGUUCCGGCCGGAGGUGAUGAGGAAGAUCCACGCGCUUCGCGAAACGGAGAAGGCCAAACUGAAGAAGAUUAGCGACAAGGAGGCGGAAGAGGAGCGGCUGAAGGCGCUGGACCGGGUGAAGAAGGAGGAGAGAGAGCGGAAGAUGAAGGGGAUGAGCGCGGAGGAACAGCGCAAAUUCCUGGAACGAGAGAAUGAGAAGCAGCGGAAGAAGGCGGAGAAGAAGAUGACACGGAGAGGAUGA